AUGGCGUGGGACCAUUUAGAUGUCGAUAAGCCGCAUCUGGCUUACAUGAUCCUGGGUGGUUUCACCGGCCUGUUCAUGCUGUGCUCCCUCUUCGUCAAGGAGAAGCUUUAUAUCGGCGAAGCUACUGUCGCUACACUAUGCGGUAUUAUCUUCGGACCACAUGCUGCCAAUCUAUUCGACCCCUCCACAUGGGGAAAUGUCGAUAAAAUCACUCUCGAAUGCUCGCGCAUUGUCCUCGUCGUUCAAUGUUUCGCCGUUGGAGUCGAGUUGCCCAAGGCGUACAUGGAACGUCAUUGGAGAUCCGUGGUAUUUCUGCUUCUCCCUGUCAUGACCUGGGGAUGGCUGGUGACGAGCUUGUUUAUCUGGUGGAUGAUCCCCCCACUAACCUGGCUCGAGAGUCUGGUAUGCGCCGCCUGCGUCACAGCCACCGAUCCCGUCUUGGCAUCAUCCGUCGUCGGUAAGGGAAAAUUCGCCAAACGAGUCCCAAAACAUUUGCGUGAUAUCUUGUCUGCUGAGUCAGGUUGUAACGAUGGCAUGGCAUUCCCGUUCAUCUAUCUUUCAUUCUACAUUUGGAAGUUACGACCCGAUGUCAACGAGGUGUCGCUCAAUUGGUUCUGCAUCACCAUUCUCUACGAGUGCAUCUUUGGUGCUAUCUUUGGAUUCCUCAUUGGUUAUCUCGCUCGUCACGCUAUCAAGUUUGCUGAACGAAAGGGCUUGAUCGACCGGGAGAGUUUCCUUGUGUUUUACUUCGUCCUGGCAGUGUUCUGCGCCGGUUCGGGCAGUCUUCUGGGUAUGGACGACCUUCUUAUCGGAUUUUCCUGCGGUGUCGGGUUUAGUAAUGAUGGUUGGUUCACGGAGAAGACGGAGGAGGCGCAUGUCUCCAACGUUAUUGAUCUGCUGCUCAAUUUAGCAUACUUUGUCUACUUUGGCGCUAUCAUCCCUUGGGAGGACUACAACAUUCCUGACAUCGGUAUUGUCCCGUGGCGGCUGGUGGUCAUUGCACUUCUGGUAAUCUUCUUCCGCCGCAUUCCUAUCAUGUUAUUGAUGAAACCAUUCAUUCCUGAUAUCAAAACCUGGCGCGAGGCUCUCUUUGCUGGGCACUUCGGCCCUAUUGGUGUUGGUGCCAUUUUCGCAGCAAUUCUGGCUCGAGCCGAGCUUGAAAACGAUAGCACGCAACCGUCAAGUCAGAGUGACCUGCCUCAACCCGGGGCGGAUAAUUACUACAUUGUGAAGCUCAUCUGGCCUAUCACAACGUUUAUGGUCAUAUCCUCAAUUUUAGUGCAUGGAUCAUCGAUUGCUGUCUUCACUCUCGGCAAGCGCAUCAACACUCUGACCGUGACGCUGUCCUACACUCAAGCGAAUGAAGAGGGUCCAUCAUGGAUGAAUCGGUUGCCGCGUGUAUCCUCAUUGGCCAAGGGUUCGAUGUCUUUCCGAAAAGCUGACGACUUAGAUGCCUCCGAGGAAGAGAAACUGCCAGAGUACCCCCCUGGAACCUUGCCGCCAAUUGGUAUGCCAGGAAACUUCCUUCGCCGAGUGCGCGAGGAUGAAAACGAUGCGCAAACCAACGAAGAUCUACGAAAGCAGAUGCGCCGACGACGCAAGAAGCACCGUAAACAUGAUGAUGUCGGUGGACCUAUCAGUCAAUCUGCUAUCAUGCCUCAGAAACGUCCUGAACAGGAAAGUACCUCCGAGGAGGAGAAAGAAGCAGAACAAGAUGAUAUGGAAGGUGGUGCUUCUCCACCAAACGCUGAUCGUGAGCCGGAGCUGGAAGUGUUCCAAGAGGGUCACCACAUGAUCAUCGAAGACGAAGAAGGCAAUGUGCUGAAGACGGAAGAUACCAGUCAUUUGACACCCGAACAACAGGCUCAGCAUAUUGAGGAACAACGUCUACGACUCAAGCACGACAAGUCUGGCGAAUUUGCUAAAUCCCGUAGUCACCCUCACGAGAAGGACGAGGGCGAGGAGAUUAAGCACGCCGUGGAAGAUACGAUCGGUCAUCCGGGCGAAAAGGCUCGCAGCAAAUGGACCUCCUGGGCUGGCCUUGGCAAGUCUCGGGGCAAGGACAAGCAAGAUGAUUCCAAACCUACCGCCGAAGGCCCAGUAAAGCGCCCCAAGCACAAAUCUGCUCACGCCUAUCAGUUUGGUAACACGAUUAUUGUUGAGGAUGAGGAUGGUGAGGUGAUCAAGAAGUACACCAUCCCAGCUGGAGACAAACCCGCCAAGUCAAAGCCGCCUAGACCUGAUGACCAAACUGGCCCUGCAAACCCGGCUCCAAUCCGUCGUGGUCUCACCCGAAUGGGUACUUGGCUCGGUAUGGAAGAAGAGGGAGAGUCAUCCCAGACUGGCCAGAAGAAACAGAAGCCCGCUCCCAGAACCGAGACUGAUGACUGGACCACUGAUGAUGGUCUACGAUUCACUCUGGCACAAAGCGCGGAUGCUGACUUCAACGGUAUCGGCCAUAAGGGUCGUCGCAUGAACAAGCACGAGUUCUUCCAGCAAAUCAAGGGCCUGGAUGCCAAGGCCCGCCGAGAUGUAGUUCAACAAACAGACGCACCUUCGCCCGUUCAAGAGGUGGCCCAGGAAGAGGCCAUGAAUGAAGAAAAGACAGAACGCCGCCUGUCCACGGUUGCCGCGGCUGUUGCUGCCAACACAAUCCCCGAGACGGAAGAAGACCUAGAGUCCAUCACCGACAGUCACCUCAGCAGCGAAGACGACACCGACAUGGAACGAGAUCCACCAAACGUGGCCGCGUCAGUCGCCAAAUGGACCCGUGGCACCUCUGCCCAAGAACGGCGCAGCAACCUCAGCCCUGCACCUCCUCGCGCUCGCCUCCGUCGUGACUCUGAUGACGACGGCACAGAACGUAUCCCUCCCUCUGCGCUGCGUCAAGCCGCCGGUCUCACGGCCCCACCCCGCCAAAGAGAAGACGACACGGGCGAGACCCCGGCCGAACGCCGUCGUCGUCUCGCUGCCCUCGGCCACAGCGGCGACACCGAAUCCGAAUCAGACGAUGAUGAUGAUGACGAAGUUGUCGAAGAAGAAUCCGACAGCGAAGACGAUGGCGAGCCCCGCCUGAUCCCCCCAACAGGCAAGAUCCAGUUCGCCGAUGACCCUAGACCAUCCGACCCAUCCACUCCCAGCGCUGAACAAUCCUCCAGCUCUGGAUCUGGAUCCGGCUCCGCAUCUCGACCGACCCCAGGCCACCGCCCACGCAUAUCCUGGGGUGGCGAAAAAGGUCGCUAA